GGUGUCGGUGUGAGGGAGCCGGCUGGAGAGUGAUCCUGGCUCAGGAGAGGCCCGAGGAGCCGAGGCCAACAUUUACAGUCGCUGCUUAGCCAACACUCACAGCGGCGUCAGUGAGAGGAGAAACACAAACAGUUUGUUCUUAAGUGUGGAUGAGGCGGAGCAACUCACAGUCUGAUUAAAUCUCAUUAAAGUGGGGACAGAAGCUGAUUUUCUACUUUCUGAAUCUCUGCUGGAUGUAAGAUGGACACUGAUGUCUGACCCGUUGUGGCCUCCCAGUGCACGAGGGCUUCACUACCACACAGACUGGAUUGAGCUGCUUGUAAAAACUAUGUAAAACAGCUGUGACAUGCUCACAUCUUCCUGGCAGCUCAUCCCAACCCAACACUUACUCUCCCAUUUUUAACGGACUUCAGUUUUUCAGCGAGUGAACAGGAGCCCUGAUGUUGUAUCACCUCACCUGCGUUCAGGAAACCAGAGUGGAGUCAUUAGAACGCCUCAUCAGGAACCCCACACAGUCAGGACCGUAGUGUGUGCGUGUGGAUUUAUGUUUCUAUGUAGUGCAUGUGUGCGAGAGCGGUGCAGCCUUGGAUCCAUCGUGGAACCACAGUCCGCCCGGGCGCCCAGCCUUCGGGCCGGAGACGCUCCAGACCAGCAACUACUCUCUGGUGCUGCUGAUUCAGCUCAGCCUGCUCUCCUUCGACCUGUUUGUCAACUCGUUCAGUGAACUGCUGAGGACUGAACCGGCCGUGCAGCUGGUGCUUUUCAUAAUCCAGGACAUCUCCAUCCUGUUCAACGUGAUCAUCAUUCUGCUGAUGCUGUUUAACACCUUCGUGUUCCAGGUCGGCCUGGUCGCCAUAUUGCUAGAGCGGUUUAGAAUGCUGCUAAUGCUCUCUGCUCUCUACCUGACCUUGAGCAUCAUACUCCACUCCUGGCUUAUGAAUCUGCGUUGGCUGAAUACCAACAGAUUUGUGUGGACAGACGGUCUUCAGGUUCUGUUUGUGUUCCAAAGAACAGCCUCUGUGUUGUACUACUACUUCUACAAGAGGACCGCGGAGUACCUGGGCGACCCUCGUCUCUAUGAGGACUCAGCGUGGCUGCGAGACGUCUUCGCUCAGGUCAGACAGUGAUCACACGAUGCCACAGACGCCAGAGCCGGAGCACGGAUGGAACAAUUUACACAACAUGUGGAAAGAUUUCUUUUAUUUAGAAACAUAUAAGGGCAAAAGUGACCAUCUCAACACAUUUGUUUUUAAAGGUAGAGAGAAUGUAUUGUUGAUACAUUUGCAGUCACAGUUACAUUUUGGAAAAUAUUAAAAGUAUUCUGGUCUAAAAUGCAUUUCUUGAAAGCGCAGGUGCCAAAAUCUGGCAGGAUUUAUUUUUUAGAACAUUAAGGCCAGAACGUCUCGAGAGUCUUGUUUCUUUGCUGUUUGAUGAUAAAGGUGAAUGAAAAGGUUUCUCCCGUUACAUUUGUUUGAAUUCUGUCGGUAUUCUGUCACCACAUGCCCUUUGUUCGUUUCUUUUUAUAAUGCUAUGAAUUUUUUAAAAGACUAUUCUGCAUUUUAUUUAUAUGUAUUUGAGAUUGUUUGUGUGGAGCUUUGAGUUUGUUUGCACUGUCAAUAUUGAACUUGAACUAUUGAGGCUUUGGCUUAGUCGUUGAUUUACACUGUCUGGAAAACGUGAUAAAUUACGUGAAUGUGUGUUUCAUUUGCAAAAUAAAGUGUUAAAUACAAA